AGCUUUACCAUGAACCUGGCGCACGCUUGGCGUUAGGAGAAAUUUCUGAAGCCGGAGGGGGAGUCAAGGAAAUUCUUUGGUUGCUAAGUGUGAGUGAAGACACCCAGGAUGGCUCAGGGAUCCGGGGAUCAGAAAGCAGUGGGGAUCACGGACCCGGAGGAGAGUUCUCCAAAUAUGAUAGUCUACCGCAAAAUUGAAGACAUCAUUACAAAGAUGCAAGAUGACAAGACAGGGGGUGUGCCCGUCAGAACAGUGAAGAGCUUUCUCUCCAAAAUCCCCAGUGUUGUCACAGGUACAGACAUUGUACAGUGGCUUAUGAAGAACCUUUCCAUCGAGGACCCAGUUGAAGCAAUACACUUGGGAAGCCUUAUAGCUGCCCAGGGCUACGUCUUUCCCAUCUCAGACCAUGUUCUUACCAUGAAAGAUGAUGGCACGUUUUAUCGUUUCCAGGCCCCAUACUUCUGGCCUUCAAAUUGCUGGGAACCUGAAAACACGGACUAUGCCAUCUACCUCUGUAAGAGGACAAUGCAGAAUAAAGCAAGGCUGGAACUGGCAGACUAUGAAGCAGAAAACUUAGCAAGACUCCAGAGGGCCUUUGCAAGGAAGUGGGAAUUCAUCUUUAUGCAAGCAGAAGCACAAGUCAAGAUUGAUCGGAAAAAGGAUAAAACAGAAAGGAAAAUUUUGGAUAGUCAAGAACGAGCCUUUUGGGAUGUCCACAGGCCAGUGCCAGGCUGUGUGAACACAACAGAAAUGGAUAUCAGAAAAUGUCGACGUUUGAAGAACCCACAAAAGGUUAAAAAGUCUGUGUACGGUGUGACUGAAGAAUCCCAGUCGCAAAGCCCGGUGCACAUCCCCAGUCAGCCAAUCAGGAAAACUACAAAAGAAGACGUCCGGAAACAAAUAACAUUUUUGAAUGCACAGAUUGACAGACAUUGUUUAAAAAUGUCCAAAGUGGCUGAAAGCUUAAUUGCUUACACGGAACAGUACGUGGAAUAUGACCCUUUGAUUACACCAGCUGAGCCGUCCAAUCCCUGGAUCAGUGAUGAUAUCACUUUAUGGGACAUAGAGAUGAGCAAAGAGCCCAGCCAGCAGCGAGUGAAGAGAUGGGGCUUCUCUUUCGAUGAGAUCUUGAAGGACCAGGUGGGGCGGGACCAGUUUCUACGAUUCCUGGAGUCGGAAUUCAGUUCAGAAAACCUCAGGUUCUGGUUGGCAGUCCAAGAUCUCAAGAAACAGCCCCUCCAGGAUGUGGCCAGGAGGGUGGAAGAAAUCUGGCAAGAGUUUCUGGCUCCCGGGGCCCCAAGCGCAAUCAACCUGGAUUCUCACAGCUAUGAGAUAACCAGUCAGAACGUCAAGGAUGGAGGGAGAUACACAUUCGAAGAUGCCCAGGAGCACAUCUACAAGCUGAUGAAGAGUGACAGCUACGCCCGCUUCCUCCGGUCCAGUGCUUACCAGGACUUGCUGCUGGCCAAGAAGAAGCCAGAAAGUGAGCAAGGUCGUAGAACUUCCUUAGAAAAGUUCACUCGCAGUGUGUGCUGCUGGCGCAGAGUCAGAAUGGCCGCUGCAUUUCACCCCCGAGGCGGCUUCCUUCCAGCAGUGGGGAAAGUCACUGGCGGGCAAGCGCCUCACCGGCCUGAUGCAGUCCUCCUGACGGUCCCUGCCGCAGGGCCCGGGCCCGAGGACCACGCGGGCAGCCGGCGGCGCUCCACAUCCGCCGACAGAGCAUCCCUGCGGGGAGAUUUGGUCACUGUGAAGGAGAAGGAGUGAGGGCCGGGCCACGGCGGGGAGACGCGGUGCGUGAACCAGAGGGAGGCCAGAGAGAGCCCUCGGAGGCUGGGGUCGGCCGGGCAGAGGCCCCUGUUUACAAACCCCUCUCCUUGUACAGUCGUGCGCCAACGCCUCGCUCUGUAGGAGGUCCCAGACCCUCACGUGUUCUGGGGAGAGCGCCCGGCUGGGCUCCUGCUGUGAUUGUCCCCUGAGGUUCCAUUCUAUCAUCACUCCUCCCCGCUGUCUGGAGGAUCACGCCUUCCAGAGAACUCGAACUCGAGAGGACCCGCCGCCCCCAAGCACAUUCAGUAUUACCACCCACCGCCUGUGGUGCACCCGCGGCGCCCGCCCCAGUCACACCACUGUGUCCCAACUGCCUCCCGCCUGCCCCAUCACUGCGGCCACCACGUGUAAGGAGCCGAACCCGGCUGCCCUCACACCACGCCCCGGCACCCCCCCCCCCCAAUCACAGGGUCAGCACUGAGCCGCCUCGAGGAUCACAGCACUUCACGGUCUUCCAACCCGCUUUGAGGCCACCUUUCAAAGGGGUCGCCACAAGGCACUAGCGGCUGCCCCCUCUCCCGUCAACCGUCUGGAGGAUCCAACACCAGAGGAGGCCCUGAUGGCAAUGAAAGAGCUUGUGGUUUAACAGCCCUGAAGGUCCUGACCAUCUUUUAAAAUUUUUGAUUAUUUUGUAAUUUAUUCUGUUGCAGCCCCUCGCUCCUUGGUGUGUCCCCGCGUGUCUUACUUAAAAUAAAUGUGGCGGUGAACUUGGGGGCCCUUGGGAUCCUCCCCUCCGACAGCUCCACGUGGGAGCUGGGGGAUUCAGGCUGGGAGUCCUGGGUGUGGCCGGGCCCCUGAGGCCAGGUCUCAGUUGUGUCUGAAGCCAGGGGGGAGGCCAGGGCCCACUGGUCCUCUGAUGGCCUAGCAAAGGCACUGUCCUCCGCAAUGUCCGUGAUCAUGGAGAAACGCAAGCACAGAGCCCAACCUGCGAACACCUGCAUAAUAUCCACUUGUGUGUGUCAGAGUAACCAUCUGCCAACUUGGCGGUGAGGGAGUCAUGCAGAGCAUGGAGUCAGGUGCCUGGCGCACAGUAGGUGCUUGGCAAAUGGUAGCUAUUACUCUCACUGUUGUCACUGUCAUUAUUGUGACUCCCAUGAGCCCCCGGACAGAGUGGUAUAAGCCACAUGCUUUUGAAUUCAGACACUCACCCACCGCACCCCCAUACCCUCCCCCAACUAUGAUGACCAUCUUCCUUUGAUGUAUUUUGGCCAGAGGUAGAAAAUAUCCUUUGGGAGUAUAUAAACAGCAAACACAGAAGCAAAACAGCCAUCACUGGUAUUUCUUUACUUAUGUGGGCAGAUUCACCAGCUGGUGAGUCUCAUAAGCUUGUUUGCAGGCGCUGUCUCCUGGGUGCUCCCCUAGGACCACCUUUCCAAGCCCACCUUUGUGCUGUGUCCCCAGGGCACCAGCUUCUAUCCCUCACAGCAGGGCCACCGACGCCAUGAGGGGUCGUGAUCAUGGUGGCACCUCAGUGGAUUCUUGAGUCCCGUGCCUCAGUUUCGCCCAUGGCAGUAGUUGGUCUCUUUUAGAGGUACAGUGGAAAUUAGAGACAUUCUGUUUCAUCCUCAGAGCUAUACACCCAGGUUCCUGGCAGACACUCCCCGCAACCCUUGCUCGUUCCAGGAGACCUGGACACAAAACCUGGCACCUGGCAGACACUGGGCAACUGCUUGAUGAGGAAAUGAGUUCCCUGAAGCCUUUUCCCAUGUGGGGUCUGCUGACCCCCUCCUCUCUUCAUCACAUGCUUUUGAAUCCCCUUGCUUUUCAUACUGAUCUCCUGUUUCAGAGCAGAAGUGCUGCUCAGGCUCCCCUGCACCCAACAUUGUCCCAAGGAAGCAGCUCCUGCCAAGGUGCCCCGUCCAUGCUGACACGGACGCACAGGGUCUGUGGACACUGGCAGUUCUAGAACAGCAGGUCCCUCUAUGCCCUUAGUUAGCCCGGGCAAGAUCCUGGCUGCCUCCUGUCCUUCCUCCUGGCCGCAGUCAGGGCCCAGGUGGUCUCCCUGGCCAGGAUGUCAGUGCCACCCAGCUGAGGUUCCUGGAGCUCCCCAGAAGGGUCCGAGGCAGGCGGACUGCAGCCCUGAGAAGGAGCGGGCUGAGGGCAUCCUGACACCUCUGGGGACAUCCCGCAGGCUCGAUAGACGUGAAGGCAAUUUCGGAUGGAUUCAAACCCAGAGCAAUAAUCCCCUCAUCCUGCCUCCCAACCAAGGCACACUCUGUCUUGUGACCACCAUCACGUGCCACCCCCACAGCAAGUCACACCCAGAAAUGGGGGAGAGAACAGGAUUGUGCCACCCAAAUUGGCUAAUCCAAGGGCAGCCUACUCGACCUAGUUCACAUAGGCUGGGCACUUAGUCCAAGGGCAGUCUACCACGCAGACCUUAGAAUGCAAGAACGCUUAGAAAAAGCAUCCCAGGUGGCGCUAGGUAAAGAACCCGGGCAGGUAAAGAACCUGCCUGCAAGUGCAGGAGACGUGA